AAAAGGAAGCAGGAGGAGGAGGAAUGAGCAGGAGGAGGAUGCUCAAGCCAUUUUGGCUCAAGGAUGCUCCAGGCGCGGAGAGGUACACUUCGGGUGCUGGACAUCGGUGAAAGGUCUCGAGAAGGCGCUGAUUCCCUCGCAGCGUCGAUCAAGAACUGCGGUCGGACAAAACAAUGGAACGCAGCACUGCGGUUGCUCCGCGAAGGAAUUGUUGACGUCUGCAACUCGUCCAAAUCCAGUACACUGCGACAGCCAGUGCAUGCAGAAAAGGGGGGGAGUGGCAACAUGCGUUGUCAGUGCUUGGUGAGAUGUGGGAGGCGAAGCUGGAGGCCGACGUCAUCAGCUCCAAUGUUGGGAUCUGCUCGUGCGAGAAGGGCGGGCAGUGGCAGAGGGCACUGGCGCUGCUCUGGGAGAUGCCGGAGGAGAAACUUGAGCCCACCAUCAUCAGCUUCAGCGCUGGGAUCAGCGCGUGCGAGAAGGGCGCGCAGUGGCAGCGGGCACUGGCGCUGCUUUGCGAGAUGUUGAAGGCGGAAGUGCAGCCUACCGUCAUCAGCUACAGCGCUGGCAUCAGCGCGUGCGCCAAGGGCGAGCAGUGGCAGCGGGCGCUCGCGCUGCUGAGUGAGAUAUGGGAGGCGAAGCUGGAGCCCGACGUCUCAGCUACAGCGCUGGGGUCAGCGCGUGCGAGAAGGGCGGGCAGUGGCAGCCGGCGCUGGCGCUGCUGAGCGAGAUGAGGGAGGCUAAGCUGGAGCCCAGCGUCAUCAGCUACUGCGCCGGCAUCAGCGCAUGCGAGAAGGGCGACCAGUGGCAGCCGGCGCUUGCGCUGCUAAUCGAGAUGCGGGAGGCGAAGCUGGAGCCCGACGUCAUCAGCUACAGCGCUGGGAUCAGCGCGUGCGAGAAGGGCGGGCAGUGGCAGCAGGCGCUGGCGCUGCUGAGCGACAUGUGGAUGGUGAAUGUGGAGCCCGGCGUCAUCAGCUACAACGCUGGGAUCAGCGCGUGCGGGAAUGACGGGCGGUGGCAGUGGGCUUUGGCGCUGCUCAAGGAAAUGUCGGAGGAGAAACUGGAGCCCACCGUCAUCAGCUACAGUGCUGGCAUCAGCGCCUGCGCCAAGGGCGAUCAGUUGCAGUGGGCUUUGGUGCUGCUGAGCGAGAUGCGGGAGGAGGAUCUGGAGCCCAACGUCAUCAGCUACUGCGCUGGGAUCAGCGCGUGCGAGAAAAGUGGGCAGUGGCAGCGGGCUUUGGCGCUGCUGAGCGAGAUGUUGGAGGCGGAAGUGCAGCCUACCGUCAUCAGCUACAGCGCUGGCAUCAGCGCGUGCGCGAAGUGCGAGCAGUGGCAGAGGGCGCUCGCGCUGCUGAGCGAGUUACGGGAGGCGAAGCUGGAGCCCGACUCAGCUACGGCGCUGGGAUCAGCGCGUGCGAGAAGGGCAAGCAGUGGCAGCCAGCGCUGGCGCUGCUGAACGAGAUGCGGGAGGCUAAGCUGGAGCCCAGCUCAGCUACAACGCUGGGAUCAGCGCGUGCGAGAAGGGCGAGCAGUGGCAGCAGGCGCUGGCGCUGCUGAGCAAGAUGUGGGAGGCGAAGGCGCAGCCCGACGUCAUCAGCUACAGCGCUGGGAUCAGCGCGUGUGAGAAGGGCGAUCAGUGGCAGCGGGCGCUGACGCUGCUGACCGAGAUAUGGGAGGCGAAGCUGGAGCCCAACGUCAUCUUCAGCUACAACGCUGGGAUCAGCGCGUGCGAGAAGGGCGAGCAGUGGCAGCCAGCGCUGGCGCUGCUGAGCGAGAUACGGGAGGCGAAGCUGGAGCC